AUGGCUCCCUCUAAAGCGCCGAGUGCGCUCCUCCUACACUCUCUUAGGUCUCUCGCAAUUGAAAAGCCUUCCACGACCCUGGCGGCCCGUGGCUUCAGUUCGACACGCUCGACAUGUCAAGAAGUCCAAACCGAACGACCUUCUUUCUAUCGAAAUCCUGAUCCGGAGACUGUCUAUCACCCCAGACUGGAGCGCAAACUUGCGCGAGCCGGUAGACCCCCAAUUGGAUCACGCCGACGACGGAUGGCGCUCUCGCAAGCCCCUCGAAUCCCGUUCGAGCAACUUCCCUACCAGUGCUUUCAGGAAGCGCGGAAGAUCCUCAUCGAAGACCGGGAGGAGAAACUCAAAAAGAUCGAGACCGAACGAGCACGUAUAGCGCGGCUACGGGAGGUCGACUCUAGUACCUUCAAAGGCGGAGAGGCCUUCAAGCAAAAGAGAAUCGCAAGUAUGGAGGCCGAGCUCGAACAUUUGAAGAUUCUAGCCGACAUCAAUGACCCUGCUGUAAAAAGGAGGUUUGAAGACGGCAAAGGUGACAUGAACAAGCCCAUAUACAGAUAUCUCGCGGAACGAAAAUGGCGAGAAUACCCACGAAAAGUUCUAGUCCAACGCAUCACACAAAUGAAGGUGGUGCCCGAUGUUGUGCCUAAUGUUGACCCUAUUUUGGACGUCAAGAUUGCUUUUGGAAAGAAGGCUGUGGCACCCGGCGAUUUUGUGGCUUCCGAUAUCAGCGAACAACCAUGCCAGCUCACACUGCAAGCAUUCGAGAAAGGCGAGAAGAUGGUUACGAUUGCCAUUGUUGAUCCGGACGUGCCGAACCUUGAAAACGACAGCUUUGAUUCCAGAUGUCACUUUCUGGCUUCCAAUAUCACCAUUUCUCCCGCCCAACCUCGAGUCGAUCUCGCCAAAUUGUCCGCAGAGUCUCAGGUCCUACUGCCGUGGCUGCCGCCGCACGCGCAGAAAGGAAGUCCAUACCACCGAAUAUCGAUUGUCGUUUUGCAACAAAAAGACAACGUGCCCAUUGAUCUGAACGUCGCGAAGCAAAAGGUUCAGCGUGACGGCUUCACGGUCCGCAGUUUCAUGAGCCGGCACCUGUUGACUCCGGUCAGCGCAUCUCUAUUCCGGACCAAAUGGGACGAAACCAUGGCUGCUGUCAUGGCGAGAGCUGGCCUGAAGGGCGCCGAUGUCGAGCUCAAGCGGAAGAAGGUGGAGCCUUUGCCUUAUAGAAGGCGCAACCCAUCCAGUUUCAGAUAG